AUGACCGUCACGCCGGACGACAUCGCGUCGCUCGUGCUGAGCCAGUUCGACAAGCUGCCCGCGAAGCGGAAGCCCCAGGUCCGCGCCAACGGCGUGCGCGAAUGGGUGCCCCUGAGCGGCAUUGUCGCCCAAGAGACGACAAAUUAUGGUGUCUAUCCCUGGCAUGCGGACGGCCAAACCCGCAGGACGGGCAUGAAAUGCCUGCCGACGUCCAAGAUCGCGGGGGCGCGGGGCAACGUGCUGCACGACUGGCACGCGGAGGUGCUCGCGGUGCGGGCCUUCAACCGGUUCGUGCUGGACGAGUGCCGGGCGAUGCUGCUCGAUGGCGGGCGCGGGUCGGCGUUCCUGCGGCGGCGGACGCGCGACGAGCGGGAAGCUAGCGAGCGCGGUGGUUCGGGCGAGGACGGCGACGACGGCGGGUCGUGGAACGGCCAGCCCUUCGCCUGGCGCGACGACGUGCUGCUGCACAUGUACUGCUCGGACGCACCUUGCGGCGACGCAAGCAUGGAACUGGUGAUGGCGGCGCAGCCCGACGCGACGCCGUGGGCGGUCCCCCUGCCGUCUCCGUCGCGCUCCCCCGCCGGCCUCCUCGCCGGCCGCGCCUACUUCUCGGAGCUGGGCCUCGUGCGGCGCAAGCCGGCGCGCGCCGACGCCCCCGCCACCCUGUCCAAGUCCUGCUCCGACAAGCUCGCCCUGCGCCAGGCCGUCUCGCUGCUCGCCGCCCCCACCUCCCUGCUCCUCGACCCGCGCGCCGCCUACCUGCGGUCCCUCGUGCUCCCCGCCUCGCGCUGCUGUCCCGCUGCCUGCCGCCGCGCCUUCUCCGCCGACGACGGCGGCCGCAUGCGCGGGCUCCCGCCCCCCGCCCCCCGCCGCGGUGGCUACGCCUUCCGACCCUUCGCCGUCUCUACCACGGCCCGCGAGUUCGCCUACUCCCGCGCCGCCCUGUCUUCUCCCCCGCUUCCCUCCCCGCCCCUUUCCCCUUCUCUCGCCCCUUCCCCGCUUCCUACUGCUGCUACUGCUACCGCAACUCCCGCCGGCAGCAACCUCUCGACGGCCUGGACGCUCUCGGGACGCGAAGAAACGACUCUCGGCGGUGUCCUACAGGGGCGGCGGCCUCCUUCCCCCUCCUCCCCCUCGGAAUCCCGUGCCGCGAGCUUCGCCUCUCGGCGCCAGCUGUGGAGUCUCGCGGCCUCGGUGGCGGCCCUCCUACCGCUAGACGAUGGCGAUGACGAUGGCGCGGCUGACGUCCGCAUCCGGCGCGCACUGGCGGCCGCGACGUAUGGCGAGCUCAAGGCCAGCGCGCUUCUGGGGCCGCGGCGUCGGGCCAAGCGCGAGGCGCGGCACGCAGCGCUCCGCGGCUGGGUGCGGAACGAGGGCGACGAGGCGUUCGGAUUGUAA